UAAAUGCGCCACCCCGGUCUUGCGCAGAAAUGGAGUGAUGGUAGUCGCGAAUAUUAAAAUUGUAUUGAUUUGAUCCCUGUUAUUUGAGCAACGGUUGGGAUCUCGUUCUGUGAACAAUAUAUGGCCUGCAAACGAAGGCACUGGACUUUCUAAAACUCGUUUGGACGGUACGCUUGGCUUGCUGCAUGAGAAAAUGACGAAGGAUCGCUUGGCUGCUCUGAAAGCGGCACAAAGUGACGAGGAUGAUGGCGAUGAUGUGGCUGUCACUGUGGAUAGCAGUGGAUUUAUGGACGAGUUCUUUGAACAGGUUGAUGAGAUACGAGAGAUGAUUGACAAAAUUGCUGCCAAUGUUGAUGAAGUCAAGAAAAAACACAGUGCUAUACUGUCGGCACCACAGACAGAUGACAAAAUGAAAGAGGAGUUGGAGGACCUAAUGUCAGAAAUAAAGAAAAAUGCAAACAAAGUCAGAGCCAAAUUGAAAGUCAUUGAACAAAACAUAGAACAAGAAGAGCAUUCCAACAAGUCAUCGGCAGAUCUUCGUAUACGCAAAACACAACAUGCAACUCUUUCUCGCAAGUUUGUGGAGGUGAUGAACGAUUACAAUGCCUGUCAGAUAGACUACCGAGAGAGAUGUAAAGGCCGCAUCCAGCGACAACUGGAGAUAACUGGUAGGACGACGACUAAUGAGGAACUUGAAGGAAUGAUUGAGUCAGGAAAUCCAGCCAUAUUCACACAAGGGAUCAUCAUGGAAACACAACAAGCCAAGCAGACGCUAGCUGACAUAGAGGCCCGGCACAACGACAUCAUCAAGCUGGAGAAGUCUAUAAAAGAACUCCACGAUAUGUUUAUGGACAUGGCCAUGCUUGUUGAGAGUCAGGGAGAGAUGAUUGAUCGGAUAGAGUACAAUGUGGAACAAGCAGUCGACUACAUUGAAACUGCCAAGAUGGACACAAAAAAGGCUGUCAAGUACCAGAGCAAAGCAAGAAGGAAAAAAAUCAUGAUCAUUGUUUGUAUAGUGAUUCUUCUGGUCAUUAUCACCAUCAUCGUUGUUUCCGUUGUUACCAGUAACUGAAGCUUCUGGCAGUAUAAUAAAAAGAUGGUUGCCCUGUUGUUGCCAGUCCGUGCACGUGGCAGACUGUACCUUCUACUCAGCCGCCUGCUGUUUUGUUCUGCAACAGUGAAUAUGCCUCCUCUCAGUCCAGAGUUAAAAAUUCUCAUUGAAUGUUGACCUAAGUACUGUGUCAUUUACAAACGGACUCCUAGAGCACAAGAGUGCGGGAGAGAUGAUGUCUGUGUGUGCCUCUCUUCUCAGUUUGAUCAGAAGAAUCAGAGUUUCUGUCUCCAUGUUGUAACGAUGUACUUUGUGACCUGUUGUAUUCAGCCAGACUAGAAGUGCACCAUGUAAGUUGUUGUUGUUGUUGUUUUGAAGUGCCUUGUGUUACACUCCAAACUACAAAUGGUGAUGUAUAUGCACUGUGCUUCUUAUUUCCACACAUGAACCAAAAACAAAGAAGCUAAGAGAAAAUACAUGUGAACACAGGCAUCCAUAUGCUUGUGCAUGCGAAUGAGAAUCUUUAUAGACCUUUACUGCACAAAUAACUUUUGCUAUGAUUUUAUUUUAGGGUAGUUUUGUAAAUCUCACCAUCAUCACUUUCCUGUCUAUGCUGCAUUGCUGACAAACGUUAGGUGCCCUUUGUGGUCAUAUAUUCCCCUAAGCUGUUUUGUUUUUUUGUUUUGUUUUUUCACUUAUUGGCUACUGACCUAAUGUUACAAUGUAGUCUUCAAUCAUAUUAUGUGCCUUUUUAGCAAGCACAGGUUUAUUUUGUUGAGAUUUUUAAUGGCUUGUCAUUUUCAGUUGGAGAGCUGCAUGUCUACUUUUGAGAAAUUUUGUGUUAUUUUAGCACUAUUACAUUGUGAUACUAUUUGCUGUGUUCUUUGGCCGUAUUUAUUGAGAUGUUGUUCUAAUGUUGAAAUGGGGACAUCUCACUGUUGGAAAAAAAAAACAGAAUUAAGAGUAAUACAUCUGUAUAAACCUGACAUUUAACAUUGAAAUAUUUAACUCAGACUUGAUAAUAAUAGAAAUAAUCUUGUCAUGUGACACCAGGUUGUUGCUACAAGCUACUCACCACUCAUAGCACAUGCACACAUGAAAGAGAGAAUCUACUGAGUAGUUCUGAAAAAAGAAGAGAAGCUUACUUUUUGUUGUUCCUUGUGUCUGUGUGGCUUUGGAAGCUCCAAACUGUGAGUGCAAAUACUUUAAAGAUUGCUUGAUGAAGGUGGAAAAAGAACUUAAUUUUUUUUCUUUUAAGUAUAUAGGUGUCCAGAGAUCUCAAUGUCCAUGAUUUUUUUUGUCCUGGUGAAUAAGAUUUCAUAGGUAGUCAGGAAAAGUUCAACAGUGCACGCACUGAAAGCAAAGGGAGGCCACCUUUUACUCUUUGCUUACUGUAAUUGGAAGUUGGUGAAGUGUCCCAAGUAGAUCAGAGGAGGAACCAUGACAUAAAGAACUGUAUUGCUGUAAUAAAUACUGGAGUCCCUAGAAAUGUCACAGCAGAUUAUGUUGCCAGAUUUGGGUCAAGAGGACAGCAACUUGAUAACACCAUUAACUUGCCUGAGAAAAAGACCCUUGUAGAUUCGUCGGUUGCAACCUGCUCCCACAUGGGAUGCCUACCAUGAUGGCAACAGGUAAUAAUCAUACAGCUAUGUAGAGGCCACUGCCUACAAAAUACCCACAUGUUCAAGAAUAUGGAGCUGGCACUCUUAUCAACCUGUACUUGUGGCUAAAAGACCUAACACCUGAGCAUUUCCUCCAAAAAUGCCCCCAACCGCACCAUUUGAAGUUAGAGAUGUGACAUGGCCACUAAGCAUGUCACUCCAAAGAAAGCUCUGUUGGAGCAAAAGAGACUGGAAGGACUCUGCAUCAUUUAUCCUGAAGGCUGGGCUGAGAGUAUAACCUGCGAAUGAUAAAGAAGAAUUUGUUAGCUGCAUGAAGAGACCAAUGCAUAUCUUUCCAAGACAUUGUAGCUGAAAGUUUAACUCUUUGAGUCUGGGCCAGGCAAAUAUGUCUAGCCCUUUCAACAACUAUCAAGUGUGGGUUUCCUACCUGUGUCCAUCAUAGUCAAUCAUUUUGACUACAGAACUUUGUAAACAAAAAGGGAGGAAAUCUAAGCUAAGUGAGUCCCAUUUGAAAAGAGCUACAUCCAUUAACAUAGUAACAGGAAGACUUUAUUUUGAAGAUUUUAAUUUUUCCACUUGUACCUUUCUUUUCAAAAACAGUGGCGACACAACUGCACAUGCAAAGACAGUGAUUUGUUUUUUGUUGCCAUUUUCAAGCCUGUUCCUAACACUAAAGUUGUUUUUGUCAUCAAGAAUUAUGUUUAAUUAUUUCUGCAUGGUGUGGAACUAUUAAAUUCCGCUAAAUACAAGAUUAGACAUUGCAGUGAUCAUCAGUUGUGCGUAAGCCAGUAUCAAAAUUUUCUUUUUGGAAAUGCAAUUUUAUUUACCUACUUUUAAUUUACAAGAAAGCGCUGUCUUAUGAUGGAAAGGAGGAAUGGUGUCUUUCUCCUAACUUUGAACUUUAUUUACAAAUUUGAUUUAUCUCAUUGUCAUGUUUAUUUUUUGUGAUUUUUUUUUAAACACUUCAACUUCAAGCAUAUCUGGGUAUCAGAAUCAAAGGUCAAGGACGGAUGUGUACUUCCAAAGAUAGCUGUGGUCCAAGGUACACACCAAGGUUACAUACUGAAUUGGAAAAUAAAUCUUAUGAUUCGAAAAUGUGAGCACCUGCUGAAGUCUUUUCUUCGUACCAGCCGGUAUGACCUCGGCAUACAAAUCAGCAUCCAUUGUACUGCUCCUUCAAUACAGCAUCCAAUACCCUCCAUAAGGUCAGGACCAUUGGCGGGGGGGGGGGGCAGCAGAAUUGUACAGCAGAGCUAUUUGCAUAGACUCAUGUCAUAUAAAGAUGACCCCUCACAGGCUGCAUAUGCAUCGUGAACACAACCAGUCCCAAAAUGAACUGGUGAGACACGUAAGGAGAGUAAAGGCAAGCUGAGCAUUUCCAACACCCACAGAGUGCAUAUGCUGGGAGAAGUAUGAUUCAAACCGUCUAAGCACUGCACUUCAAACAAAAGUUGAUGAAAGCUUUUGGCAUACAAAUUUAAUGGUUGUGAACAAGUCCAGAAAAGAGUAAUGAAACCACCGUCAGUGAGAUGCACUCAAGAUAUCAUUCACCACUUGAACCAAAGCUGACUUGAUGCUACAUGACUUGUGAUAGGCUGAAUGGUAAGGUUGAGAAGAUCAUUAGCCUCCAUGUGAUCCUUGAGUACUUUCAAGAGAAAAAGGAAGAUGAGAAGCUAGUCAUUGGUUUUGUCUGAGUAAGGAAUCUUACAAGAGCACAUUUGGCAGAGAGCCACAGCUCCAGACAGAAGUAUUUAUAUUACCUUUAGUUGCUGAUAUCAGCUUGUCUAGACACUGGAAGGAAUAAGAUCAAGUUCACAGGAUUUUUUAGGUAUUCAGAGCGCUGUAGUCCUGGGUACCAAUGUACUCAAAAUGGAUUUGAAAGAAUGUAGUGGAGUACCAAAAACCUUUUCGGCUGCUGUUACAGAAUUUGUAGAUUAAGUAACAUCAAGAUUUUUUUUCAAUCUUGCCUGCAAAAUGUCCCUCAAAACAACUGAGCAAGUGCAAUAGAAGAAGUUGAACUUGGCAGCUGUCUGAAUAUGUCAUCCAGCUGUAAAGUUUUAUGUGUAGGAUUCAGCAUAUUUGACAGAAUGUUUGUGUGAUGUUACAUGGGCAGGUAUGUGCAUGUGUGGUUGCAAUUGUGUGUGUGCGUGUGUUUGAGGGAAAAAAGAGAGUUCUGUUCGCAUGGUUAGAUUUUGUUCAUGUUUAGUGUAUUGCUGUUCAUUUGAACUUGAAUAGAUAAAGAAGGAAAACUUGUAUGUUGGCUUUUGUGAGAAAUAUGUCCAUAUACAAGUUCUUGUUGGCCACUCCUUCCCACCCUACCCACCCAUAUGUUCUUAGCAUUUAUUCUCUCCCCUACCCCCAAAUCUCUGUAUCCCUCCCUCUGUCUUCGUUUGUUAUUAGUCGCCUUUAUAAUGACAGUGGAGAUUGUUUUAUUAUUGUUUUUGUAUUGUUUGUAUGCAUGUAUACAUAGGUAUGUGUCACACGUGCAAACCAAUGCAUUUAGAAGUGCACACGAGGCAUUACUAUUGAUAAUGGAUGAUGCCUGUGGUGCCUCCAAAUUUUGUGGACAGCAUUACUUGUAUUUUAAAAGCAAGUUUGUACGUAGACCAUUUUGUUGGACUGAGGGAAGGGUUGACAGUAGGAGUGAUGCAUUGUGUAUUGUUUAUACAAUGCACUUUGUCAUUAGACAGUAUUUUGAUUGCUUCACAAUGAUUUCUGCUCAUGUUUUAGAAUCAUUUUUAUUUUAUCUUCAAUAUUCAUCUUGUGUCUUUUUAUCCUGUGGUGAUAUUUUCCAAGCAUUUGCAAACAAUCAUUUGUGUCCUAACAUUAAUGUAUUAUUCAUUCUCAUAAGCAGUUUUGACAUGUUUCGAAAACCCCUCAAGCAUUUUGAAAUAUGUGAAAAGAAAAUUGCUGAUCAUGCAGGCUACCCCAUGCCAUCUGCUCUUUGUUAAAGGUGAUAUUCUGUUUUGUAUUGGAACUUAGACAAUGACAUCAAGAGAAAGACAAGAACUGUAUACACAUUCCUUUUGUAUUCAGGGAUUAUUUUUCAUGACCUUGCACUUAGGGAAUGCAGAUUUUACCAGUGAUAUCAUCUUUCUGCUGAUUAUAAUACUAGACCUGGUUAUUAGGCAUUCAAGAUGUAACGUGAGGUGCACACAUUGUUUUGUGGCAUUUAAUGCUAGGUGGUCUUGCUCUGUCUGCUGUCUGCACAGAGAUGUUCUCAAAGUCUCUCUGACAGCAAACAGGCCACAGGCAAUGAUCCUGUUGUUUAUCUUUUCUUAUCAAACGUCUCAUUCGUCCCAGCUGCGGGUAGUCUUGUACAAUAUUAUCCUUCAUUUUCUUGGAGUCAAGUUUCGUCAAGUGUAACAUGUGUUUUAUGUGCAGUGCAAUCUUGUUGGAAGUUAGUUAAAUGUCGGUUGUUCAGCUUUGAUGUUGCUGUUUCUUCGGGCUUUUUUUCCCUGAACUGUACCCAGGCAUCACUACUAAUGCCCUGGCAUAGGACUGCACCUCCUUCUUUAUACUCUCAGUUGCCCUCAGACAAUGUUGAUCUAGGAGGAACAUCUUAACUGUGCAGUAAUAGGAUCUUACUAUUUCCUUUUAUCAUUCACUAGCUUCCUUAAUGCUGCAGAAAUGGGAGUUGGGAGAGAGGUUAAUGCUGAUUGGUUUGCUUGAUAGUCAACCAGAAGAUUGCUGCUUCCAAGCCUGAUGGAAGACUCUUCCCUUCUCCACCCUCUCCCCAAAGCAGAACUGGGUACCUGGUAUCAUGCUGGGCUCCACCUUCCUAGAUACAGUGAACCACUUAUAUUCACUACCUGGUUUCUUCCAUUAUUCGACUUUUUGUGACCCCCUGCAGAGGGGCUGCCCAUUCUUGUCACAAGUGUGAGCCAGCUCACAAGGUUUCUGAGUGAGAAUUGUGCCAUGGUCAAAACUAUUAGCAGAUCAUUUGUUGGGGCUGCUUUUGUAGACUGGCUGUGUAUGGUAUAUCGGUGUGUCAGUGUGUCAAGGCAGUUGCUAGCUGGGAUGUGAGCAUGUGUCAGUGCCUUAUACCUUAUGAUGUUUUGCAGUUGUGUAUAUUGCAGCUUUGUGCAGAGUCACUAGAUAGAAAGGUCAUAGUUUUGUUGUGCCGUGCAGUUUUUUUAGAGGUGAUGCUGAAGAAUGUGUCGAUACUGUUGAAUUAAUAGUGCUUUAUUGUUUAUGUGGAUGUUAUUUCAAGACCUUUCUAAAAAGAAUUUGUGUGCAGUUCAGUAGAAUUACAAAGAUAAAAAAAUUUCUUUUUCUGCUGUCAAGGUUUUGGAGCACAGGUACACAUCACUGGCAGAGAAAAACUUAAACAUGGGGAAUAAUCACUAGCGUGCUCAUUCUUCCAUUCCAUCUUUGUUGUGUUGUCAGAGUGCUUUCCCUUGUUAAUGUCUAAAGCAACAAGAUGAUAAAUACACAGCUGUCUACAUAUUAUUCUGUUUAAUAUUGUCACACUUGUCUGUAUUCAUGUUGUGUGGCCCUUUCAACUUCAGCUAUUUGUUUUGCAGCAAAAGAAACAUUUUCUUGUUCACCUCAUUCCGAUUUCAGAAGUAUUUUAGCAAAUUAGUUUUCCUGUGUUUAGCAAACAUCUCUUGGACCCACCCCACCCCUACCACCUCAGAAAAGAAGACCAGGCAUGUGAAAGAGAAACAGAUGUUCAAAUAUUUAAACCUUGUGAAUUAUUAUGGGGUUGAAGUUACUGAUGUUUAUGCCAUCUUCUGAUUUGCUGGGUUUCAUUUCUUGUGAAUGUGUGAGAGAAAGAGAGAGAUUGUGUACACAUGUAUGAGAAUGGUUGAAAGAAAAGAGGAUAAUAAAUAUGUUGCUAUGGCUUUGUUUGGCUUUUAAAAAGCUCUAUAAUGGGGUAAUCAACUAAAAAUAAAGCUGUCUCAUUGUAUUUUUAUUCCAUAUGUUCAUCUUGCUCAUUUAUUGCGUCAGUCGGCUGUAAACAAAAAAAUUAACAGUUGUAUUGACACAUACUUUUGUGAAAUAAACUUCCUUUUUCUUCUUAUGUCACCAUACUACUUACUCCCACAAGACCUCCAUUUGUACAGUGUCACACCCCACAGUGUAUUUGUACCAUCAUUUUUUCAUUUUUGUCUUUUUUUGGCAGAAGUCUACAUAGAAUAGAAUCACUUAUUUGCUGUACUUUUACACAUAAUUUAUUGAAAGAGUCAUUUGUAAAUAUGUCACAUUAUGUGUAGUGAUUCAUGUUCCUAUGACAUGAUUCUCUUUUUAUUAAAGCCAAAAAUGGUAAUGUUACUAUUGUCACACAUGACGCUUGAGUAAAGCAGAUAUUAAUCUU